AUGGAUGCGAAUAUGAGGGCGCUUGGUGCGUCGUCCAAGCUCGUAUUGAAAGGAGAGCAUCAGAGCAUUCACCAGACGGCAAGCAAUGUCGUUGAAAUGGGAUUUGAUUCUAGCUCUGACAACAGCGACGCGUUUAACCUCAACGCCGCCGCACACCCAAUCAACAGCGCCGUAGAGAUUCCUACCAUUCACGUGUCGGACGACGCAGGCAGCCAGGACGGUAGCGAUGAAGAUGGCGACGAGUGGGCUAUAGAAUCCAUCUUCGAAGACAGCUUCCCCGAGAUGGAGGACAAUCACCUGUAUGAUGGCACCCCAAACACGUGCACAUAUGAAGAAGCGAUGCAGUAUCGACAAGAACUGCGAGAUGUUGGCCCAGAAGUCUUUAUUCAAAGAACCAUCGAUGCCAAAACUAUCACCGCCAAAAAGCUGUUAACAGCAUUCGGGAUGAAACCCCCUGAAUACUUGGAAAUGUGUGACGACGAUGCGUACUACAGCCUCUUGAGUCUCGCCAUCAGUCGAGAGCUAUCGAAGAGAGUGAAGCUUCCAGCAUAUAAUUCGGUAGACGAUGCCGUAGAGCUCAUCAAAAAAUCAAGUAACAUCAUCGUGCUCACAGGAGCGGGAAUCUCAACGUCGCUGGGGAUCCCAGAUUUCAGAUCAGCCGGCACAGGUUUAUAUUCCAAACUCGCCCAUCUCGACCUCAAUGACCCCCAAGAGGUAUUCGACAUUUCCAAAUUCCGAGAAAACCCCAAAAUCUUCUACUCAGUCGCUCGCGACCUAAUCACCGACGAGCCACGAACGACACCCACCCACGCCUUCAUCGCCCUCCUCCAACAAAAAGGCAAACUCCUAACCAACUACUCCCAAAACAUCGACAACAUCGAAGCCACCGCCGGCAUCCUCCCCGAAAAGCUCGUGCAAUGCCACGGCUCCUUCGCCACAGCAUCCUGCAUCGAAUGCCGCUACCAAGUCCCCGGCACCACCAUCUACCCGUCCAUCCGCGCCGAAAAGAUCCCCCAAUGCCCGCGCUGCAUCGAGCGGCUCCAAACCUCCAAAACCUCGCACCCGAUGAAACGCAAACGCUCCUCCAACGGGCAGAAGAAGAAAAAGAAACGCUUUGACGGCGUCUCCGACUCCGACUCCGAAGGCACCUACGACAUCCCCGAACCGGGCGUCAUGAAACCCGACAUCACCUUCUUCGGCGAACCGCUGCCAGAUCGCUUCUCGGACCGGCUCACCAACCACGAUAAAGACAAGGUCGAUCUCGUCAUCGUGAUCGGGACGUCCUUGAAAGUUGCGCCUGUGUCGGAAGUCGUGCCCUUCCUCCCGCCGCAUAUCCCGCAGAUGUAUAUCUCGCGCGAGCCCGUGUCGCAUGUGAAUUUCGACGUCGAUAUGCUAGGCGACUGCGAUGUUGUGGUUGCGGAGCUGUGUGAGAGGGCGGGUUGGGAGUUGAAGCAUGAGAUGAUUCCGAAGGAUCAGAAGAUUGAGGUGGAGACGGUGGAGGGGUUUAGGAGUCGUCAUCGGUUUACGGUUGUGAAGUAA